GCCUGUGGCAGUCGCGGGAGUGACGGCGGGUGCUGCAACAUGGCGGGCGUGGAGCGAGGAGGCAGCCCCGAGGCGGAGAACCAGCACCUGAAUGGGGAGUUGCUUUUGGACCCCGACGAGAGGGAAGGCGCCGUAGGGCCUGGCGCCGACGAAGGGGCCAAGAAGAAGCGCAAGAAGAAGAAGAAGGGCAAGGGAGCCGCCGCGGGACAACAGGAAACCGAAAGAGAGUUGGAUACAACACUUGAUGAAGCUACAAAACAAUUGGAUAAACAGUCACUGGAAGAAAAGGAAAAAGAUGAGGAUGAUGAAGAUGGAGACGGUGAAGGUGAUGGUGCAGCAGGGAAGAAGAAGAAGAAGAAGAAAAAGAAGAAAGGACCUAAAGUCCAGACAGAUCCUCCAUCUAUUCCAAUAUGUGAUUUGUUUCCCAAUGCGGUAUUUCCAAAAGGUGAAGAGUGUGAAUAUCCACCAACACAAGAUGGGCGAACCGCUGCUUGGAGAACGACAAGUGAUGAAAAAAGGGCACUAGAUCAAGCAAGUGAAGAAAUCUGGAAUGAUUUCAGAGAGGCUGCUGAAGCACACAGACAAGUGAGGAAAUACGUAAGGAGUUGGAUCAAACCUGGAAUGACAAUGAUAGAAAUAUGUGAAAAAUUAGAAGAUUGUUCCCGGAAGUUGAUCAAGGAGAAUGGCCUAAAUGCUGGGCUUGCAUUUCCCACAGGGUGUUCUCUCAAUAACUGUGCAGCCCACUACACUCCCAAUGCUGGAGAUCCAACUGUAUUGCAGUAUGACGAUAUCUGCAAGAUAGAUUUUGGAACACAUGUCAGUGGUCGAAUCAUUGACUGUGCUUUUACUGUCACAUUCAAUCCAAAAUAUGACAGACUCUUACAAGCUGUAAAAGAUGCAACUAAUACUGGAAUAAAGUGCGCUGGAAUAGAUGUUCGUCUUUGUGAUGUUGGUGAGGCUAUCCAAGAAGUCAUGGAAUCUUACGAAGUUGAAAUUGAUGGCAAAACAUAUCAAGUGAAACCUAUUCGCAACCUCAAUGGACAUUCUAUUGGACCAUAUAGGAUACAUGCAGGCAAAACAGUGCCCAUUGUGAAGGGAGGAGAAGCAACAAGGAUGGAAGAGGGAGAAGUGUAUGCUAUAGAAACAUUUGGUAGCACAGGAAAAGGGGUUGUUCAUGAUGAUAUGGAAUGUUCUCAUUAUAUGAAGAACUUUGAUGUUGGACAUGUGCCAAUAAGGCUUCCAAGAGCAAAACACUUGCUGAAUGUUAUCAAUGAAAAUUUUGGCACUCUUGCCUUCUGCCGCAGAUGGCUGGAUCGUCUGGGAGAAAGUAAAUACUUAAUGGCUCUGAAGAACCUGUGUGACUUGGGUAUAGUGGAUCCAUACCCUCCAUUAUGUGAUAUUAAAGGCUCAUACACAGCACAGUUUGAGCAUACCAUAUUAUUACGCCCAACAUGCAAAGAAGUUGUCAGCAGAGGAGAUGACUAUUAAAGUUUCAAGGCCAUUACAUCACCUAGGUACUCUAGGCUCUGUUGGAACACAUUAUGCCAGAAUAAAUUUGCAGUCUUUUAACAGCGGACCCAAUGUGAUCUUUUCAUGUUUGGAAA